AUGAGCAGCCCCGAUGCGGGCUACGCCAGCAGCGAGGACCAGGCGCAGGGGCGGUGCUCGCUGUCCAUCAUGAUGCCGGCCGUGGGCCCCUGCCCGUGGGCAGAGGCGCUGAGCCCGCUGGGCGAAGCGAAGGCGAAGAGCGAGGCGGCGCCGUCGGGGCCGUCGGGCGGGCGGAGCAAGAGCGAGGCGCGGAUCCGGCGGCCCAUGAACGCCUUCAUGGUGUGGGCCAAGGACGAGCGCAAGCGGCUGGCGCAGCAGAACCCGGACCUGCACAACGCCGAGCUCAGCAAGAUGCUGGGUAAAUCGUGGAAGGCGCUGUCGCUGGCGGAGAAGCGGCCGUUCGUGGAGGAGGCGGAGCGGCUGCGGGUGCAGCACAUGCAGGACCACCCCAACUACAAGUACCGGCCGCGGCGGCGGAAGCAGGUGAAGCGCCUGAAGCGGGUGGAGAGCGGCUUCCUGCAGCACGGCUUGGCGGAGGCGGCGGCGGCGGCGGCCGGGCCGGGCAGCGAGGGCGGCGGCGGCGGCAGGAUGUGCGCCGAGAGCCUGGGGCUGCCCUACGGCGAGCAGGGCUACGCGGCGGGGCCGGGCGGCGGCCACUACCGGGACUGCCCGCCGCUGGGCGCCGCCUUCGACGGCUACGGGCUGCCGACGCCGGACCCGUCGCCGCUGGACGCGGCGGACAGCGAGGCGCCCUUCUUUGCGGCGGGGCUGCCGGAGGAGGGCGGCCCGGGGCCCUACGGCAGCUACGGCCCGCAGGCGGCCGGCGAAUACCCGGCGGCGGGGGCCGGGGAGAGCCCGUCGGGGGCCGCGCUGCGGCGGCACCUGGCCGCCGGCGAGCCGCUGGGGCCGGCCGGCUCGCUGCAGGGGCUGCUGGGCUGCCCGGCGCCGCUGCACGCCUACUACGGGCAGAUGUGCCAGCCGCCGGGCCCGGGGCGCGGCCCCCCGCCCGUGCUGCCCCCGGUGCUGCCCCCGGUGCUGCCGCUGCCGUCGGGGGGGCAGCCGUCGCCCCCGGCCGAGGCGGCGCCGUGCCGGGAGGCGCUGGAGCACUUGCCGCAGGACGAGCUGCUGGGCGAGGUGGACCGCGCCGAGUUCGAGCAGUACCUGCGCUUCGCCUGCAAGGCCGAGCUGGGGCUGCCCCUGGCCGGCCACGACGCCGCCGAGGGGCUCUCGGCCGGGCCCAUCUCCGCCGCCGUGUCGGACGCCAGCAGCGCCGUCUACUACUGCGGCUACCCCGACGGCUGA